UGAUGCCAUGGAAACGCGGGUCAUGAACCACGGCACAGCGGCGGCUAGGUGCCAACUAUUCGCAGAUGUGAUGCUCUGUGCAUGGAGACGACUGGAGGGCGCGAAAAGAUGCAAUAUUGAAACCGGGAUGGUCGUCUGCUCUAGGCAGUCGUGCCCCCUUUGAGCAGGGCAAGCGAGGAUUCGAGACAUGCGCGGCGGCCCUGCGUCCAGGAAUAACCAGCGCACCAUGCGAAGUUUCACGCCGCGCCAAACGGCGCGACUACUGCGCAAGGCUGUUCCUGGUCGGCUGCGCGGAACUGGUAUGGCAUGGCCGAGCAGCCGUCCAGAACUUGCAUCGCUGUUGAUGGCCCUGUGCCGAUCGCACGGCACCAGCACGCUUUGGGCGAAGCAUUUGUCCCAGCGUUCCGCACCACUCGUGCCUACAAACAUCCCCGGCCCCUUCCAGCAGUACUUUCUUGCAGGUGUUUGUUUCCUCCCUCCCAGCUCAAGGAACUCUCCCUCGCAUUACAACCCCUCACUCGGUUCCGACAUUCACGAGAGCGCGAGGUGCUCCAUUCGCUGUUUCCAUUCCUACACUCGUUUGCCUUCCCGAUCUGGAACGACCACGAGUUCUCGUCUAUAGCCGCCAUAUUACCACGACCCUGCCCCGACCCUGAGCAAGUUCCAGCUGUCUCUUUCCCAGCAUUGCAACUCGCCUCCCACCCGGUGCGCCCUCGAUUAUCUAGCGUCGUGCGACGCUUUCUGCUGGCAAGCGUGCUUGUAUCACUUGACCGACGCUCCACCGCCCUGGGACUUUCUUCCACUUCCUCACCUCACCCGACGUCGC